UCGUCAUGCAUGGAAAUUUAGGAUCUUCAGCAGACUGGGUUGUAACUGGUCCCAGUAAUGGUUUAGCUUUUCUUUUGGCUGAUAGCGGCUACGACGUAUGGCUCGGAAAUAAUCGAGGGAAUACAUACUCUAAAAAUCACACGAUGUUUCUGGAAACAAGUUACGGAUUCUGGGAUUUUAGUUGGCAUGAAAUGGGAAUCUAUGAUUUGCCAGCAAUGAUAGAUUUCAUUUUGCAAAUUACUGGCCAGAAGCAACUAUUCUACAUAGGUUAUUCACAAGGAGGGACUCAGUUCUUCGUUAUGAAUUCGAUGAAACCCGAAUAUAAUGACAAAAUUCGUUUAGGAGUGACAUUUGCUCCAGCAGUAUUCCUUGGAAAUACAAAAGGAGCAAUAAACUUGUUAUCAAAGCUAUCCUACCCUAUCGGAUGGAGAAGAAGCAGGCGAUCGUCCAGUCGACUUAUCGACUGGGACUGGUGCCUGGUUGGUGGCGGCAGAGGGAUGCGAGGAGCUCCUCUCACCGUCGUGAGGUACCUACAAGCCUGGAGACCAUCCAUGCGUGUCGCCAACACGGGCAUCUUUGUGGUUGUUUUGGUGGAGGGCCCCGGCACGUGCUCGACGUGGAGUCUGGAGUCUCGUUACGCCCUUCUAGGCGGCCCGAGACAGCGGAGGAAGAUUUCGAGGGCUGGACAAGGUAGACACGAUAGGAUUAGGGAAGCUGGGUUAUAG